AUGGCAGCAAGUGAGACGCAGCUCUAUGCCAAGAUCUCCAACAAGCUGAAGGGCCGCAGGGCUUCCUUGCUCCUGGAGCCCCUGCUGGCGAUGGGCUUCCCAGCGCACACAGCGUUCAAAGCUCUGGCAGCUACAGGAAGAAAAACGGCAGAAGAGGCUUCAGACUGGCUACGCUGUCACUGCAAUGACCCUUCUUUAGAUGACCCCAUUCCUCAGGAAUAUGCCCUCUUCCUCUGUCCCACGGGGCCCCUGCUGGAAAAACUACAGGAAUUCUGGAGAGAGAGCAAGAACCAGUGUGCCAGGAACAGAGCUCAUGAGAUCUUCCCUCACAUCACACUUUGUGAGUUCUUCACGUGCGAAGACCAGAAAGUGGAAGGCCUGUAUGAGGCGCUAAAGAGAGCAGGGGACCACAUCCUGGGCUCCUUCCCCUCCGCCAUCCCACUGGCUCUCCACUCCUCCAUCAGCUACCUCGGCUUCUUCAUCAAUGACAGCCCUGCAGAUGUCAUCCGGGAAUUCGCCAUGGCUUUUGCCACAGAAGCGUCCAUGUUAGCAGACUGCACAGUGAAACCCUGUACCAAGCAGCUCCACCUGACGCUGGCCCACAAGUUCUACCCCCACCACCAGAGGUCGCUGGAGCAACUAGCCAGAGCCAUCCCCCCAAGCCCCGACUGCCAAUGGACAGCAGCGCUGUACUCCCGAGACAUGCGCUUUGUACACUACCACACCUUGAAGGUACUAUUCCAGUAUAAGCCUCAGAACAUGGACGAGCUGAUGCUCAGCCCUGGCGAGUACAUCUUUGUGGACCCCACUCAGCAGGAGGAAGCCAGCGAAGGGUGGGUGAUUGGCAUCUCCCAGCGAACAGGCUGCCGGGGCUUCCUACCCGAGAACUACACAGAGCGCGCCAGUGAGGCUGACACAUGGGUGAAGCACAGGACUUACACCUUCAGUCUAGCCAUGGACCUGAACUCCAGAAAGGACAGUGAGUCCAGCAACAGAAAGAAUGGAGAGUUGCAAUCUUCACACACGUCAAGGAGCAUUAGCAGUGUGCAGGCUUUACAGGCCACAAUCCUGAGAAGAAGUGUUUUGGUGGUGCGCCACGGGGAGAGAGUGGAUCAGAUCUUUGGGAAGCAGUGGCUACAGCAGUGCUCCACUCCAGAUGGAAAAUACUACAGACCAGAUCUGAACUUCCCUUGCAGUCUGCCGAGACGGAGGAAUGGUAUCAAAGACUUUGAAAAUGAUCCCCCUUUAUCAUCUUGUGGAAUUUUCCAGUCCAGACUUGCAGGGGAGGCACUACUGGAUAGUGGCAUCAGAAUCACCUCCGUCUUUGUCUCUCCAUCCCUCCGCUGCAUGCAGACAGCCAAGCACAUCCUAGAAGAGCUCAAACUAGAGAAAAAAAUGAAAAUAAGAGUGGAACCAGGAAUCUUUGAAUGGACAAAGUGGGAGGUUGGCAAAACCGUCCCCACUCUCAUGACCCUGGAAGAGCUGAAAGAAGCAAAUUUCAAUGUGGAUACCAAUUACAGGCCUGCAUUUCCUCUCUCCUGCCUGAUACCAGCUGAGAGCUAUGAUGAGUACGUCAACAGGUGUUCAGUGAGUGUGGAGCGGAUCGUCAGCACCUGUUCACAGGACUUGGGUGUCAUCCUCAUAGUGAGCCACGGCUCGGCGCUGGACACCUGCACCCGGCCCCUGCUCGGGCUGCCACCACGAGAGAGCGCAGACUUUGCCCAGCUGGUGAGGAAGAUCCCUUCUCUGGGUAUGUGCUUCUGUGAAGAAAAUAAAAAGGAAAGAAAAUGGGAGUUGGUGGAUCCACCAGUGAAGACCCUGACUCAUGGAUCCAACUCAGCGUUUAACUGGAGAAACUGGAUCCUGGGCAGCUAA